AUGUCACCGAAGGGCGCCAAUCGCCGUGCACCAAAGCGACGAAAGCUGCGUGACAGUGACUCACAGAACGUCGAAGGUUGUUAUUACGCUUGCGAGGACCAAGAUUAUCACGUCGAUCCAGAUGUCCACGUUGGUCAUGGGGCUGUUCUCGAUGGGAACAAAUACUGGCCCUUAGAUACAGACGUUACAGACCCAACAGUGAACAUUGCUGAGCCACUUCCCUCUGAUGGAUUCCCUGAACCUCUGUCUUCUGCUUACCCAGACACCAAGAGGAACUCGGUCCCCGGCAAGAGAAUGCAGCCACAUGACAGCCCUCGACUGGACCUCCUCACCGGAUCCGUCUCCCUGCCAGGGCCCUCGUUCCCCACCACACCUGACGCCACACCCAGAGUCAAGUUGCCCUAUGGGAACCCGCCGUCCUCUAUGAACAACAGUUCUUCCCAAUGCAGCUCUGGAUACGCCGCUAGCGUCGAAAUCCCCAGUCCUUUCCUUUACCAUGAUGCGCAAUACGGAUAUAUCCCUCCCUCGAACACUGUCGAUCCAGCCUGGGCUUUUCCAUAUUUCGGGUAUGCGUGUGGCCAAGUACAACCAGAGCCGGAUUUUGUCAGCUAUCGAUCCAUGUCGACUGCUCCUCAGGCUCGACCUCCACUUUUCGAGCGCAAGGAAAGUCUAGGAUUAGCCUUUUGUGCCCCUACAUCGUCAAAACACAGGCUUGAACCAAGCUGCAUCUCAGAUGAGAGCCAUGAUACCUCCACACAUGGUUGUCCGUUGCCUGAGCUGUUGGACUGCUCAGACUGCGAGGAGACGCAUGUCACCCUUCACUGCGGGCCAAGCAAUACUGACAGCGCCGCCGACUGGCAACUCGGCAUCUUCAACGGUCCCGAAUGGCCCUCGGCUGGAGAUUUCGUGGCACGCAGGCGCUUCUACCACGUGAUUAAUCAACCAUACGAGCCUCUCAGCACGACUGAUGACCCGGUCGGCCCCAAACCGUCAUAUUAUGGAGAUUUUGUUGCACGGAGACGUUUCUACCACGUGGUAGAUCCGCCACUCAUUUUACCCAAUACGGGUAAUAAUCUGGUCGCUCCCGAAAUACCAUGCACCGGAGAUUUCGUGGCACGCAGGCGUUUCUACCACGCGGAAGACCGGCCCUGUGUGUAUCCCAGUACGGGCGACAACUUGAUCUACCCGACUCUUCCGACCCUAGGCUAUGCUCCACAUAUCAUGGCAGCGCAUCGCAGCAUCAACGACGCUGUUCAAGCUUGGAGGAAUGACCCAGCCGCAUGUUGGGAGGCCUCCGCGAAAACCAUACGGACGCUCACCGGUCCCGACGAUCACAUCAUGGUUGCUCCUCCGGCUAUGGUCCAAAUGUUCCCCAGUCCAAACAGUUAUACUACGGAAUCUCUGGAGAACGUCUAUGAUCACGAAGAGAGCGACCCUGUCUCCUCAAAUGUACAUAUUGGCGCGGCAGUCCAAGCCUCUCUACCUCUGUACAUGGAUGUUGUCCCAGCUCGACUGUACCAGCAUCAAUACAUCACAUGGCCUGCAGCUAUGCCUGCUGCGGUUCCUGACUUGGGAGCGGCUGUGGCUACGAAUAUCGAGGACUCUUCCAGUGACUCCGAGAAUGUACAAAAGCUGUUCGACUGGCUAUGUCAAUUCAAGUCAUUGGAAGUCCCAGCUGAGGACAACCAGAUCGUGUCGGACUCAUUACCCGAAGCUCCGACCGAAGAAGCUGGCUAUCAAUGCUGUGGGGACGUCCCGACGCCCGAAGCCGAGGCCAGUGCAAGACAGUGUGCGCCCUGGCCCAGUACUCUACACCCAGAUGACGAGGCAAUGCAUUGUUCGCGACAUGAUGAAGGAUAUGUUACAGCUAGCGGACACUACUCGGAGGUCGAGGUUCUGAGCCAAUGUGGGUCUGAAGACGGCUGGGUGUACUGGGAUUGGGAGAGUGAAACCGAGAAUGAGGACAGACCUGAUUGCGCAGCUGAGUCCGCCAAGCAAGGAGCUGGAAGCACGGAACCUAGAGAGGAAGCUGAGCAGGUUGAGAAGCGGCCGGCCACUCUGUGGGGGUUCUUGGUGUGA